AUCGGCUGAGAGACGUACUAGCUCCAUAACGUCUCGGAAAACUUUGUAAUCAUAAUUAUUUUAACAACACAGUAUCAAAAAUGAUACUCUCAUUUAUAGUAUUAGUGGUUUUGUUAACAAUACUUUUUAAAGUUAAAUAUGGUCGUAUGUAUGAGAUGGCUUCAAAGGUCCCAUCAUUUAACGCUGAUUGGCCCCUGAUUGGUUCUUCUUUCGAAUUUUUCGGAGCAAAUGAAGAAAGUUUAUUUCAGUUAGUGAGAAAUUUUUCUUACGAAAGCAUAAGCAAAGGUGGACUCAUGAAAUCUUGGUUUGGGCCACAGCUAAUUUACGUUAUGACAGAUGCAAAGGACUUGGAAGUUGUUACGAAGAGCCAAUUGAAUAAGAGUUUAUAUUACGAUACCUUUCAAACCUUUGCUGGUACAAACAUCAUCAACGCUCCAGUUCCAAUGUGGAAAGAUCACAGAAAGGCUAUGAUGAGAGCAUUUACUCCAAAGAUGAUAGACCAGUACAUUCCAUUAUUCAUAGAUAAUAGCAAAAAACUAGUCGAGAAACUGUGUGAACGUGUAAAUACUGGAGAAUUUGAAUUAUUUCCUUAUGUUUCUGCGUAUGAAUUUGAUAUUGUAUGUGAGACCACAUUUGGCGUCAAAGUGAACUCCCAAGACGAUACCAAUCAUCCGUGCGUUGUUAAUAUUGGAAUCAUAAUGAGAAUCGCUUGCGACAGAUUAUUUCGCGCUUGGCAAGGGUGGUUGGGAGAGUGGAUUUUCAAAUUGACCCCUCAAUACACGACGCUUAAAGAAGCUCGUAAAGUAUUAAACGAAUUCAUAUUACAGGUAAUAAAAGCGAAAAGGGAAGAAAUGAAAAAGAACAAAGAAAAGAUUAAUGACAACAAUGCAUCGCUCUACCCGUCGUUCCUAGAGCUCGUACUGAGCCCAGAAUCAGAAGUAAAAUACACAGAUAAAGAGUUGAUGCAGGACAUGAUUGUAAUGAUUAUUGCUGGUACUGAUACAUCCACCGCAACAAUUUGCUUCGCAUGUCAAAUCCUAGCAAUAUAUCCAGAAAUGCAGAAGAAAGUUUAUCAGGAACUAUACGGUGUCCUUGGUGAUUCAGACCGUCUUUUGGAAAAAGAAGACCUACCGAAACUGCGAUACUUAGAUAGAAUUUUAAAGGAAACACUGCGACUUUACGGUCCUGCAGCUAUCACCGGAAGAAAGAUAGAUCAAGAUAUUCAAUUGCCAUCCGGCUACACACUACCUGCUGGCGCCGCUGUCAAUGUAUGUAUUUACGGAGUGCACAGGAACCCUAAGUACUGGGGCCCGGAACCGGAAAAAUUCGACCCGGAUCGGUUUCUACCGGAAAACUACGACGCUAUGCCACCUUGCAGUUACAUGCCCUUCAGUUAUGGACCGAGAAACUGCCCUGGUAUUCAAUUCGCAAACUAUACUACCAGAAUCGCUGUAGCAGAUAUUGUGAGGAAAUUCAAACUAAUCGCUGAACCGGCGAAGGAUGCGUUCCCCAAACUCGAUUCGAAAAUGAACACACUGGCCAUGCCUGGUAAAGGGGUAAAAGUGUCUUUGGUACCAAGAAAAUAGACGAAAAACUAAGAAGCAAGACUACAAGUUUCGAGCAAUUGUUAUCUUUUCACUUUUCCAUUAUAAUCACAGACGGAUCAUGAUUUUUGUAAACUAUACCUAUACCUGAAUAAAUGUUAAUAAUAAUUUUAAUUAAAGGUGUUUAUUUCUCUUACGUUACAAAAGUCAUGUUCAGGCAGACAAUGUUAUGGUGUCGCAAAUGUCUACUCGAUUCAAAAAUGAAUACACUAGCCAUGCCUGGGAAAAUGGGUAAAAGUGCCUUUGGUGCCAAGAAAAUAGGCAAAAACUAAGAAGCAAGACUAAUUCGAGUAAUUGUCAUCCUUUCACUUUUCUAUUAUAAUUCCAGACAGAUACUAUAUUUUUCUAAACUAAAUACAUGAAACGUUAAUAAUAAAGUUGUGUUUUUCUUUUACGCCACGAAAGCCGUGUUCAAGCUGACAACGCAUUGGUGUCGCUAAG